AUGGAGCCCAGCGCACUGGCUGAGGGUGGCUGUGGGACUACAACACAGCAAGGGCCCAUCACAACAUAUUGCAAUAACAACAGACCGGAUGUGCAGAUGUAUGGGGGAAUGAGCAGCACCCACUCGCCUUCCUUGGACAAGAUCCUUCACUUCGAUCUGCCAGUUAUAAGCUCAUGGAUGAGGAGCUGGGUAGUGAUGCACAGAGCCUUCACACAAAAUCCACUGCUGGUGCAGGAUAGGAUUGUUUUAGAAGCAUAUGGUGAUAUGCACUGUUCAUGCCAAUGUCCUACUUGGGCAGUACUUGUGCAAGGCGAACAAUGA